UUUUGUCUAUGCUAUGGAGUUUUGAUAAAAUUUUGUAUGAUAUUAGAAAUUCACACAAAUUUGGUUAAAUGGAAUAUUCCACCUAGUCAUGAUUUUUAAAUCCGAGACGUUCUAAUUAUUUUAAGAUAUGAAAAUACUUUUUUAACUUCCCUUUUAAGUAAGGACACUAAAGUUUGUAUCAUUCUCUCAAAUUAUAUCCACGUUGCCCAUAUAUUUCAAUUAUUUCUCGUUUGAAGGAAGCUUGUGACACAUUGAAAAUAACAAUGAGAAUUUUAGUAUGUACAAUUCUUCUUCUGAAUUAUCUUUUGAUGUUUGCAAAUUCGGAGAAACCGCACUGUUCAAAAUAUGAUUUUGAAGAGAAAGUUUUAGAGAAAAUGGUUCGCAUGGAAUUUCAAAUGGAGAGAAUGAAAACUGAAAUGGAACAAACAGUGAAAAGUGUUGACCGGAAACUGAAUGAAAUCGAUGAGAAAGUGGAAGCACUACAAAACAAAACCGUGGAAAGUGUUGACCGGAAACUGAAUGAAAUCGAUGAAAAAGAGGCAAAAAAUUCGUAUACCAUUAAAACAACACAGGAAAAGUUUAGUGAGAAAAUCGAAGUACUACAAAACAAAACGUCAGAGAUCAUUGCCACAGAAUUAAAGGAACUGCAAAUUCUAAAAGAUCGGAUUGAGACACCAACUGUGGCAUUCAAGGCAAGUCUAAAUACUCACACUGUCGCCGCUCCUGUAGGUCAAGUAAUAGUGUUCCCUACAGUACUCUUCAAUGAAGGAGAUGCCUAUAGCAGGCAGACAGGGAAAUUUACGGCCACAAAGGGAACAUAUCUUUUUACUAUAGCACUUUGUUUGUAUAGUAACAAACAUUUGUUCGUGGAUAUAAUGGUUGAUGGUGUAGCAUACACUAAAACAUACAUUCAAGACCAAGAUGAUCUCGACUGUGAUACAGCUGACACUGUCGCUGUGUUAAAAGCUGGACAGAGCGUGUGGGUUCAGCCGUCUGGUAGUACCUCUG